AGCCGCAGACACCAUGAGCCUCAGUGAGGAGCAGGUGCGCAGCUUCCUGGACGGGAACCCUGACUUUGCCCACCAGUACUUCGAGAAGCAGCUGAGCCCUGGGCAUGUGCCUGGGGCCUGUGAGGACGGGUGCCUGGUGGACUGCAGCAGUCUCCGAGAGCUGUGCCAGGUGGAGGAGAGCGCCGCGCUGUUUGCGCUGGUGCAGGACAUGCAAGAGAACGUCAGCAUGGAGCGUGUGGUCUUCACACUCCUGCAGCAUCUCUGCACUAUCCUGCAGGCUGACCGCUGCAGCCUCUUCAUGUACCGCCAGCGCAACAGCAUGGCUGAGCUCGCCACGCGGCUCUUCAGCGUGCAGCCGGGCAGCACCCUAGAGGACUGCCUGGUGCCCCCUGAUGCUGAGAUUGUGUUCCCUCUGGACAUCGGAGUCGUGGGCCACGUGGCUCAGACCAAGAAGAUGGUGAACGUGCCGGACGUGACCCAGGAUCCCCACUUCAGCCCCUUCGCAGAUGAGCUCACAGACUACGUGACCAGGAGCAUCCUGGCCACACCCAUCAUGAACGGCAAGGAAGUCGUCGCAGUGAUCAUGGCAGUGAACAAGCUCAGUGGCUCCUGCUUCACCAGCGAAGACGAAGAUGUUUUCAAGAAAUACCUGAAUUUCGCUGGGCUGAACCUGAAGAUCUAUCACUUGAGCUACCUUCACAACUGUGAGACACGCCGAGGCCAGGUGCUGCUCUGGUCAGCCAACAAGGUGUUUGAGGAGCUGACAGACAUCGAGAGGCAGUUCCACAAGGCCUUCUACACAGUGCGGGCUUAUCUCAACUGUGACCGGUACUCUGUGGGCCUCCUGGACAUGACCAAGGAGAAGGAAUUUUUUGAUGUGUGGCCUGUGCUGAUGGGAGAAGCCCAGCCAUACUCAGGCCCACGCACACCCGAUGGCCGGGAAAUCGUCUUCUACAAAGUCAUCGACUACAUCCUCCACGGCAAGGAGGACAUCAAGGUCAUUCCCACACCCCCAGAUGAUCACUGGGCCCUGGCCAGCGGCCUUCCAACCUAUGUGGCAGAAAGUGGCUUUAUCUGUAACAUCAUGAACACCUCCACUGAUGAAAUGUUCAAGUUUCAGGAGGGGCCCUUGGAUGACUCUGGGUGGGUCAUCAAGAAUGUGCUCUCCAUGCCCAUCGUCAACAAGAAGGAGGAGAUUGUGGGGGUGGCGACCUUCUACAACAGAAAAGACGGGAAGCCCUUUGACGAGCAGGAUGAAGUUCUCAUGGAGUCGCUCACUCAGUUCCUGGGCUGGUCGGUGCUGAACACAGACACCUACGACAAGGUGAACAAGCUGGAGAACCGCAGAGACAUCGCCCAGGACAUGGUUCUAUACCACGUGAGAUGUGACAAGGAUGAGAUCCAGAUGAUACUGCCAACGAGGGAACGCCUGGGGAAGGAGCCUGCUGACUGUGAGGAGGAUGAGCUGGGGAAAAUCUUGAAGGAAGAGCUGCCAGGGCCCACCAAGUUUGACAUCUAUGAGUUCCACUUCUCUGACCUGGAGUGCACUGAGCUGGAGCUGGUCAAGUGUGGCAUCCAGAUGUACUAUGAGCUGGGCGUGGUCCGCAAGUUCCAGAUCCCCCAGGAGGUCCUGGUGCGGUUCCUGUUCUCUGUCAGCAAAGCCUACCGGAGAAUCACCUACCACAAUUGGCGCCACGGCUUCAACGUGGCCCAGACCAUGUUCACACUGCUCAUGACAGGCAAGCUGAAAAGCUACUACACUGACCUGGAAGCCUUCGCCAUGGUCACAGCAGGCCUGUGCCAUGACAUUGACCACAGAGGCACCAACAACCUGUACCAGAUGAAAUCCCAGAAUCCCUUAGCCAAGCUUCACGGCUCCUCCAUCUUGGAGCGGCACCACCUGGAGUUUGGGAAGUUCCUGCUGGCAGAGGAGAGCCUGAACAUCUACCAGAACCUGAACCGGCGGCAGCAUGAGCACGUGAUCCACCUCAUGGACAUCGCCAUUAUCGCCACGGACCUGGCCCUCUACUUCAAGAAGAGGACAAUGUUCCAGAAGAUUGUAGAUGAGUCCAAGAACUACACAGACAAGAAGAGCUGGGUGGAGUACCUGUCCCUGGAGACGACGCGGAAGGAGAUAGUCAUGACUAGCGCCUUCCCCAGGCCGUCUCAGGAGCCCAGGACACCAGCAAGAACUCAUGACUCUGCUCUGUCUGCCGGCAGGGCCAUGAUGAUGACUGCCUGUGACCUGUCUGCCAUCACCAAGCCCUGGGAAGUCCAGAGCAAGGUUGCUCUUCUGGUGGCCGCUGAGUUCUGGGAACAAGGUGACUUGGAAAGGACAGUUUUGGAUCAGCAGCCCAUCCCCAUGAUGGACAGGAAUAAGGCGGAUGAGCUCCCCAAGCUGCAGGUUGGCUUCAUUGACUUCGUGUGCACAUUUGUGUACAAGGAGUUCUCCCGUUUCCAUGAAGAGAUCCUGCCCAUGUUUGACCGACUACAGAACAACAGGAAGGAGUGGAAAGCACUUGCUGACGAGCACGAGGCCAAAAUGAAGGCCCUGGAAGAGAAGAAGGAGGAAGAAGAGAGUGUGGCGGCCAAGAAAGUGGGCACAGAAAUCUGCAAUGGUGACCCAGCACCCAAGUCUUCCACCUGCUGUAUCCUGUAAGCCCUGGUCUAGGGGACUGCUAGCUUCCUCCAGGCCCUCACCUCUGGAACAUGGGCUCUGCCUCCUGCACUUUGGAGUAAAAAGUUAGGAAGCCAAGAAAAUGACUGAAGACAGUAUGAAAUAUUUUGAAUUUUUAUAAGGUUUUUUUAAUAAACUUAAGCAAACUCUCAAUAAUUUA